CGCGCCAGAGAGCACUGCCUGCGCAAGGCACACUCAUUAUGAAGGAGUGAUUUCACUUGAUUCCGCGGAUCUGGCUGUCUGGUGGAUUUAGUUUAUGUAGUCUACUUGACAAAUAGGAAUACAUAACUGAUUUCAGAGCAUACUUGUUUCAGGAGUCACUGCAGUGUUGUGCUGUAGGCUAUCGGGAGAACUACCCAAGUGGAGACUUUGCUGAUGCAUCUUUGCGCGAUCGUCCAUCUCUUGGCGAGUACAAAUAACAUACACAGAGCAGGGGAGACAGUCUAGCCUACAUCAGCUUUCCGAAAAAACACAUCGCCUGUUGUAGCUGCUGGACAUUUCUUGGAGAUAUCCAAGAGUACUGGAGCCGCAGAUAUUGCCUACUUUAUUAUAUUGAACGAUAACACGCCACAUUCUCACCUUCUAUUUGAGGCAAAGAAAUAGAGGUCGACCACCACAACAGCAUCUUGAGUGGAGUCGAAUUGCUGUGGCCAUACCUACUUUGCACCGAGCAAGGAAUAUUUGACAUUCAAGUUUCCGUGCAAGUUGAGCAGUGACGGAAAAUGGGCAUUUAUGGUUAUUUUGUGGCGCCUUGGAAAUGCCUUGUUGUCAUCGGUCUAAGACUGCUAUUCCUUGUACCUGCAGGAGUGCCAGCGAGGAGCGGGGAUUCUUUUUCAAAGGACAACAUCACUGUCAGACAAGGGGACAGCGCCGUCUUAAAAUGUACUGUGGACAGCAAGGUAUCGCGAGUGGCUUGGCUCAAUCGCACCACCAUUCUUUAUGCGGGCACUGACAAGUGGUCUCUGGACCCUCGCGUUGUCCGAAUGGACAACACACCCGUGACAGAGUACAGCAUAAAGAUCCAGAACGUGAAUGUACACGAUGAGGGGCCCUACGUGUGCUCCAUCCUCAUGAGCAACAAACCCAAAUCGUCCAAAGUGCAUCUCAUUGUUCAAGUACCUGCAAAGAUCACAAACAUAUCGACGGACAUCACAGUGAACGAGGGCAGCAACAUUACUCUAAUGUGUCUUGCCAUUGGACGACCAGAACCCAACAUCAUAUGGAAGCAUCGCUCGGCAAAAGGCCACAAAUUUGUCACUGAAGGGGAAUACGUUGAUAUGACAGCGAUCACUAAAGAACAGUCGGGAUCGUAUGAAUGCAUCUCCUCCAAUGACAUCUCAGCCCCAGAUGUGAGGACGGUGAAAGUCACAGUCAAUUACGCUCCCUUCAUUUCGAAUGCCAGGAGUACAGGUACCCCAGUGGGCCAAAAAGGGGUGCUCCAAUGUGAGGCCUCUGCUGUUCCUGGGGCAGAUUUUGAGUGGUACAAAGAGGACCGCAGACUCUUCAAUGGACUGAAUGGGGUUAAGAUAGAGAACCAAGGUAAACAAUCCAUGCUUAUGUUUCUGAAUGUCUCUGAAGAGGACUACGGAAACUACACGUGUGUUGCACUGAACACCAUGGGGAUCACCAAUGCAAGUAUAAUCCUCUAUGGCCCCGGGACCAUGAUGCACGAUGUGAACAGGGCAGCCCUGUCGCCCCACUGCUCGUUCUGCCUACUGCUGACUGUUUUCUUUUUGUUCCUACUCAAGUUUUGAUGCAACACAGGCCAUCCUCAGCUUCUAUCAGCACUGAAAAACAACAAGACUCUUGGUCCCAGAAGAAGAAAUGGAACAAAAGGAACCACCAAUAACAUCGUUGGUUUGCUCUUCUUUUUUGGGGGGUUUGCAUUGGCGGUAUGUUUUCUUUUGGACAAAAACCAGAAGACGGGACAUAUCUAGGAGGGUGGGGAGGGAGAGGGUCGACCUGGAAGCUGAUCUGAGGUGAUGGUAGUACUACCAAGUUUGUGUCACUCCAAGCUUUUGUAUGUAAAAAAGGGGAAACAAAAAGUUAAUGUAAGUGUUGAUAGUUGACUGGUUUUGCCCAAAUAUUGAGGUGUACAUUCAGAUUACUGGUGUGUCCUGUCCUGUUUGUUCUCUGUACAAUAACAUAAGCUUUUUUAAAGUAAAUUACAAAAAAAUAAAACAUGCAAUGUGAUUGUUCAUUUUACUGUAUUUUUACAGUUGUAUGCAACAGAAUAAUAACAAAAACAGACCAUUCAAUAUAAACAAUGUCAACUUCAGUGGCAGAACAAUACAAUAUCAAAUAUUUAAGGAUUAUUUGUGACAAAUGAAGUCCAUACACAGCAAAAAAGCACUGUUGAAACAUAAACAGCACUGACACAGUUUUUGGGGUUGUCACUGAGAAUAACUUCAUAGUCAAAGACAAAUGAUGACAGUGCUUUUUAAGUUGUCUGAAAUUGGCUAACGCCUUUUUGAAAGGAAGUUUUGAGACAGACAAGACUGAUAUACACAGGCAGAGAUGUACAAUGAAAACAGUUUAAGUGAUUUGUUCUCUCACUGACUACAGUGACAUCCCACAAUCCCAUUUAGCUAAUGUGGGUGUCUACGAACAAACCACAAACGGUAAAGUAAAAACAACAUGAUUCCAACAGGAUAUAUGUAGAAAUGCGUACUGCGCUCCCCAUUACAAGAAGUGAAGAGAAAUGAGUCUUUGAGAGUCAUUGAUCAAAUGUUCUGAUCUCUCUUUAAAUGGUAAAACCUUGCAGAAAACAAGAGAGUAUAAACCCAGAAGUCAUUCUAGCCCUCUGCAUUGACCAGAGAUUGAAACAUUGUGAAUGUCAGUCGGUUUGUGUCCUUCCACUGUUUCAGGCCCUAUUCAAAUAAACAUUGAAACUGGUGUGCAUAUUGGAUGUGUAUAUCUGCAUAUCUAUUGAACAGACACAAAGGUUUCUGAUUUAGGAACAGUUUCCAAAUGACGUCGCCUGAUUACCUAAAUUACUGUCACAAUCAAUUCUAAAAAUUCUGCAAAGAGCCUAUCAGAAAUUCACUGAACCACGUUAUUUAUUUCCUCUAGUUUAGAAUGUUUCUCAUGUACUUUACCUGCAUGGUUAACUGUUUGAUAUAGCCAGGGCCGGCUCCAGGCAUAAGCGGUCGCUUACGGCCUCAGGCUGCUAGGGUGCCCCAGAACAGCAACAACAAAACACUUUUUCUUUAAGGAACUCGGGGAUCUCAACUUACUGUUGAGAGUUAAAAUAGUAGAAUACACAGGGUGCAAGUAUGAAAUUUGGUUGUGCAUCAGCAAUUUUUAUCUCAAUUAGCCAUGUCAGCUAAAAAAAAAUGUUAGAUUGGUAAGUUAGUCUAGCCAGCUAUCUACACUUGUAGUAAUCAUGGCCAAUCACCGACCAGGCACGCAGGGCACGUGCCCAGGUGCCCUGACCUUGACCUCAAGGGAGCCCCCAUUCAUUUGAUUAGACACUCUCACUCAGAUAUCAUUAACAUAUCAUUAAUAUGGCAUAAGUUAUGGCAAAUUGUGGAGACCUGCAGGAAAUUAGCUUUAAAACUGAAAAAAAGUAUCUCCACCCCAUUAGCUGUAAAACUGCCAUUUUUUUAUCCCUGCCCCAUGGCAAAAUGUGUGGAAUUGCAGGAAAUGUACUUUAAAACAUACGUACAUGUGAGUCCAUUAAUCGCAAUGAUGUCACCGUUAUGGUGAGUAAUCAACAUGUCAGCUGAAGAUAAAGUUUUACAUUGUCCAUAAAUUAUGAACUGUAAAAACAAAGUCCUUAGUCCUUUUGACUAUGUGACACAUUACUAUGUGACACAAAAUGAAACAAUGACAUACAAGUGUAGGAGGCUUUGAAUCCAAUUAGGAUCACAUGCGUAUCAAAUGCAGGCUCUAAAGUUCUUUCAUUAUAAAAUGUCCAGUGAAAAACAAUUCAUUUGCCAUAACAAAUGUAGCUUGCCAUUUGAUCUCUACAUUUUUUGCCCUGACCCCAGUGUUCUAUCAAUCAGAGGGUUGAAUAAUAAAGGGUGAGGAUAGGUAUGUCCCCUGUAUCUCUAUCAACUCUAUCUAUUUGGGGGGGCUCAAGCUGUUAUAUCUACUCCUUUUCUUUCAAAUGAAUAAGAACCAUUCAAUGUCACAGCUGUCACUUCUGAUCAGCCUUCGCACAGCCACCCCACAAUGCAAUCACCACCUGGUUUGUUGCAUGUUGGUCUUGUCCCAAAACUGCCUGGUUAUCAGGAAGCAACAGAGAAGAGUGUGUAUACACACACACACACACACACACACACAGGCAGACACAUGUGCAUGCAUAUACGUAAACACACACACAGACACCCUUCAGACAAUGUCAUUUUGAAGACUAUAAUGGGUUAAAGUUGGGCCUCCUGUCUUGGGAAUUCAUUUCCACAGUAUUUAUACUCUAGUGUAAAUACUGUAAAUACUACAGUACUCACUGUAGUGUAUGAGAAAGUGUAGGAUAUAUAGAAAUAAUAAUGCUCAAACUGAAAAAUCAUUAACUGAAAUAGUGAGUAUUUCUAUCAUCCUUAUUGAGGUGUAGAUUACAUCUCACAUCCCAGCGUUAGACCUUGUAAACAAGGCUGCAUGGGAUUUCUGUUAAUGUGACUCCGUGCAGCCAAUGGCAAUGUCCACUUUAGGUAUGCCAGGAACCGGUUGUGGAUUUGACAGCUUUAACACAGUUCCACCUCCGACGCCGCCAAAACAACUGCUAUGUGGAUGUCGGCUAAAGCGGAUCUGAUUGAAUAGAGCCCUAACCAUGCAAAGUAAGAGAAAACAAACUAAGGUUAUGUAGUGCAUUGUGUUUUAUAAAAGAGAACAUUCAAUGAUUUACUAUUACUGGAUGAAUACGGAUCAAAUGAAAUGUUGUCAAUACACAAGGUUUUGAACUUGAUGUUUAUAUGUAAAACAUGAGUAUUAUCAAGACUGGUGUCUCCUAGGUCAGAAGGAUAAACUGUUUUGUUUUUCUUGCCACACAUGUACAGUGGCCCUUUGAUGAGUAUUUCUUCAAAGUUCUCCAAUUUCUGCACUUUUAUUUAUGAAGAACUGUAGAGUGUCGUAACUUAUCCACAAAAUAAAUGUCUCUGUCAAUUGA